GCACCAAGCCUUGCAUAGGCUCGCUUAUUCGGUUCGCGAGCGACGAUCCCGGACCGUCAAGAUUUCAGUAUGUAUGUCGUGAAACCAUAACAUGAUUUUUUUUUCUUUUCUUUUCCUCUUCAACGUUUUCACUCAUUCUCUAAUGAUGAUCCUCGUUGCGGGGCUUGUCCUCAUGCUUGGACUAGUCGAGGUUUGCGCUGCGCCGACCCCGACCCCAACGCCUGUGGAUCAGCAGAACAUUACGGUCCUUACUUCAUCACAAAUAAAUACUUUCGCUCCUUAUACAUGGUAUACAAGCGCUGCGUAUUGUGCACCGGACAAAAUUAUUUCCUGGGACUGUGGAGCCAAUUGUGACGCUAACCCCAACUUCAAACCUGUCGCAUCGGGUGGGGAUGGUGCAGGGGUGCAGUAUUGGUACGUUGGUUACGAUCCCACAUUGGACACCGUCAUCGUGUCCCAUCAGGGUUCGGUUAUAGAGCACGUGGUCCCGGUCAUCAUAGAUAUACAAUUUUCUUUGGUUCCCCUGGACGACAGCCUUUUCCCUGGUAUUGGUGACGAUAUACUAGUUCACCGUGGAUUUAGAAAUGAACAAGCGGUGACAGCGAAGGACGUACUCGAUGCAGUCACACGAGCCAUGUCGGAAUAUGGCUGCACAUCAGUGACGAUGGUCGGGCAUUCACUCGGAGGCGCCAUCGCACUGAUCGAUUCCAUUUACCUCCCAUUAUGGCUUCCCAGCGGGACGUCUUUUCAAACUGUCACAUAUGGUCUACCCCGUGUGGGGAACCCCGCAUUCGCAAACUACGUCGACUCCCACACCCGCCUUACCCAUAUUAACAACCAGCACGACCCCGUUCCGGUUGUUCCCUUCAUGUCAAUGGAUUACGCUCACCCGAGCGGGGAGAUACAUAUCGAAGGAAAUAAUGAUUGGGCUGUUUGUCCUGGACACGACAACCCUAGUAGACGAUGUAUUGUCGGCGCGGAUGAUCAAGUUCUGAAAACGACAUUAGCAGACCAUUGGGGUCCUUAUAAUGGUGUUAUGCUAGGGUGUCCGUAUAACCCCGUGUGGGACGCUGCGUAAAGCGCACUCGGGUGUUAGUCCAUGUGUCUCGCAAGCCCUCAUAAUAUGUCGGUGGCUGCUACAACUAGGCGUUAACGUAAUGGCAGGUGUGAAUGCAAGUAACAAGAAUAUUAGUAUCAGCACUCGUACGCGUAUCCACACAAUCGGAGGCGACUGAACAAAAAGGAAG